AUGUUGGACUUGGAGGCUGCAAACAAACAGUCGUCUGUAUGUGAGGAGAGGCCAGGAUUUGGACAUCACAGAAAAGAUAACUUUGUUUCCCACACGCCUAUGAACCACCAGAUCACAACAGACAAUGGCGGUGAUGACGGGGUCCAGCCCAGGAAGCUGAACGGCUCCACUGUGGAGACCCCCAGUCACCAGGACCUGCACAAGGAGCUGCUGCUGAGCCACAAACGAGGCUUGCUGCUGGAGGAGAAGCCAGAGCUGAAGAGGGUCCUGGAGCAGAGGAGACUGGACCUCCACAGAGAGGAGGAGUUGGCCCUGCGGCGCCCCUCUGACCUGGAGACCGAGCUCCGCAAGAGGCAGCAGAAGCUUGAAGAGUAUGAGCAGGAGGAGAUCAGGCGUAGAGAGGACCAGGAGAAGAUACCGGAGUUUGUCCGGGUGAGGGACAACCUGCGAAGAACACAGACGUCCGAGCAGUUACCGGCACCCUAA